UUUUUUUUUUUUUUUUGAAAUCGAAGGAUUUGGAAGAGCUUAGGAAAGAAGUUCAAGAGGCUCGACGGAUCAAAAUGCUUCAUCAACCUAGCAGGGUAAUGGAUAUGGAGCAUGAACUUCAAGCAUUGCGUGUCCAACUGGAAGAAAAGUCAGUUUAUGCUAUUCAACUUCAUAAAGAGUUGGAAAUGAGCAAAAAAAUUGAGCAAAGCAGAGCUUGUUCAUACGAGUUGGAGGGUCUUGAAAGUUUAGGCUCCUGUUUACGAAUCAUUUCUCAAAUGAAAAAUAGUAUGGAAAUUUCAAACUUUUCUGUUCAGUGGUAUCGUAUACAGCCUGACGAUGGAAAAAAAGAGUUGAUUUCAGGUGCAACAAAACCAGUUUAUGCUCCAGAACCAUUUGAUGUUGGGCGUUUCUUGCAAGCUGAGAUAAUUGCAGGCCGGGAAAGAGUAUUGCUAAGAACAACAAGUCCUAUAGAUCCUGCUGCUGGGCUUGGAAGCUAUGUGGAGGCUCUUGUGCGAAAACCUGAAACUGAGUUCAAUGUUGUUAUUCUCCAAAUCAAUGGGAGUGAUCAUCCCUCUAACUCACUCUAUGUAUUCCAUGUGGGUAAGCUAAGACUAAAACUUUCGAAGGGUAGGACAGCAAAAGCUAAGGAGUUCUAUUCUUCUUCAAUGCAGCUUUGCGGGGUUAGAGGAGGUGGAAGCGCUGCGGCUCAGUCACUCUUCUGGCAAGCUAAAAGUGGCCUCUCCUUCAGCUUCGCUUUUGAAUCCACGAGAGAAAGGAAUGCAGCAAUAAUGCUCGCAAGAAGAUACGCUUUUGAUUGUAAUAUUGUGCUGGCUGGGCCAAAUGAUAGGUCUUCUGGUGCAGCUUAAGUGAAGCUUAACAGUAAUACUCAGUUGCAAGCAGUGUGAAUUCUGUAACUCUGUAUGUAUGAUUGUAUUGAUGAAGUAGGCUUUGAUUUAGUGAAGAUUUGGUUGAUUUGAGAGAAGAGUAUUGAUUGGUAAGAAUGAUAGUUUAGUUUGUAUCUUAGCAGGUUCUGAUUGUUUUGGUAGCAGAAAAAGUAGGCAUGUUUUUUUAGUUGCCUUCACGAGUUUGUAAUAAUUUUUUUUUUCCGUUUAAUGUUUGAGUAUUCCUAUAACUUGCUUGAUUUAUAUAUAUAUUUUUUAUAUAUUAA